GCUCUUGACGAGCUCUUGACGUUAGCUGCCGCGGCUAGCUCUAAAAAACACAUUUAAACCAUGGCCACGGCAAAGAAAGGGAAGAAAGUGGUGAAUCAAGAGGAACUUCGGCGUUUGAUGAGAGAAAAACAGCGUCAAGCGUCUGAAAAGAAGCGCGUAGAGUCUCCUUUUGCCCAAUACAACAGUCUGGGACACCUCAGCUGUGUCAUCUGCGACGUCCAAAUCAAGUCCCAUCUGCUCUGGACCACACAUGUCCUCGGGAAACAGCAUAAAGAGAAAGUGGCUGAGCUCAGAGAGGCAAAACAAACACCUCAGAGUCAAGGUGUGAAGAGGAAAACUACAGAACAGGAUGAAGGUAGUUUUAAAAAGCCUAAGCCUGUGCACCCUGCGUCCCAGUCCACCCUGUCCACCCAGUCCACGUCCACACUGCCGACAGACUUCUUCCAGAAACCACCAAAACCUGCAGGAGCCAGUCUGCUAGGUGGAGCAUAUGAUGAUGACGAAGAUGAGGAGAAAGAUGAAGAUGAACAAUCCCAACCCACAAACCCUCAGAGCGCACAGACUCCUGGACUUCCUGCUGAUUUCUUUGACAGUUCAAUCCCACAGUCUGUGCCAGCCAUCUCCCACUCAGGAUCCAUCCAAAAAGCAGAAACUCCAGAGAAAGAAAAGCCCGAAAAGAAAGAUAAAACUGCAGAAUCUUUACCAGAGGGCUUCUUUGACGAUCCAGUGACAGAUGCCAAAGUGCGUAAUGUGGAAGCGCCAAAGGAUCAGAUGGACAAGGAGUGGGAAGAGUUUCAGAAGGAGAUGCGACAGGUGAACACCAAAUCUGAAGCAAUAGUGGCCGAAGAAGACGAGGAGGGGCGUCUCGAGCGGCAAAUAGACGAAAUAGAUGAACAAAUUGAGUGUUACAGGAGAGUUGAAGUGCUCAGGGACAAGCGUGACAUGGUGAAAGGUCAAACACAGAGGAGAAAAAUGGAGAAGAUGGAAGUGGAUGUCAGUGUGGAGGAAGAGGAGGAGGAGGAGGAUGAAGAGGAGGAGCUGCUGGGGCUUCUAUCACAUGACUGGAGAGCUAAAAGGGCAUUGUCAUAAGUAUCACAUGCUUUGGACAACAAUUUUGGACUGGUUCAUAAACAAACUCCUUUGUGUACUGUAAAUAUAUUUGAUACUAAAGAAAAAAUGUUGCUUUGUCCGUCUUUUUACACUGACCACGUUACAUAGAGCCAAAUAUGUGUAUGUGGUAGUGAGGAUAACGCAAGUAAUGUUUGUAAGUUUAGUUUAUGACCAUUAUUGCAUAAUUCAUUUAAUCCAUUCUUCUAUUGUAGCCACAGCUGCCCUGGGCUAGACCAACAGGGGGGAAGCUGCCGAUCUGCACCAUCGGCCCCUUAAAUCGCCCCGUGUGUCACUAACUCAAACGCUGAAUUCAGUGUGUGAGCUAGUGUUUAAAUAAAAAGAGUACAAGUCGAAUUAUUUUUAACAUUUGGAUGCGAUUGCGAUUGAUUUGUCAGUUUGAUUUUUGGCUUCUCUUUUAAACAUUCAGCUCAUCAGCCAUUUUAAUCUACACGUAAUCGUAGGACAUGGACGCUUUAGUAAGGCCACUGGCUAAAGUACAGACUGUUAAAAUAGUAACGUGCACUUAGUUUUCAAUCUGAAACACUGGAAUUUUUAGCAUUCAUUUAGUAAAUCCUAAGGCAAAAUUGCACAUCCUUUAACAACUUGACACAUCACAAUAUUGACCUUAUUCACCUGUUAUGAGUGCAGUGUGUGAGCUAGUGAUAGAUGCACAUUAAUAUUUCUUAAUGGCACAAUAUUAACAUGCAGUAAAGCCACUGCUGCCCCAGUGUAGCUCCUGAUAUUUCCAGAGACUCCCCACACAAGUACUGACCAGGUCAGGUGAGCAUGGGCCUUGUCAAGAUGCUGUGACCACGAAACAUGUUGUAUUUGUUGCCACUCUUAUCAAAACUAUUAGAAAACUGACACCAACAUCAGGAAAAGAUGGAGCAAUGAUUUUUUUUUUUUAGCUAAAAGUUCAAACGCAUCACUAACUUCAUAGUAAACAGCAAAAGAAAAGUUAAAAUCUGUCAACUGGACUAAAGUUUUAAAGUGAAGACGUUUCUCUGCUCAUCCAAGUCUCUUCUUCAGUUCUGGUCAGAUUCCUGCUGGACACUGCCUUUUAUCAGUCUGAAGGAGGAGCUAACGACACUGAAACCAACACUGUUUCUGUAUAGUAAACGCUUAAAUUUGAAUCAUUACUAACAAAAAGCAUAUGCACAUUUGAGUUUGGGCCUUGUCAAGACGCACGACCAUAAAACAUUUUGUAUUUGUUGCCACUAAAGUCAGGGAAAGAUGAAGCGAUAAUGAGGAAGGGAAGUUCAAACACACCACUUACUAUUAUUAUGAUGCUGCUCACUUUAACAACAGGCACACACAAACUUUAACUGUUUAUUUAUAAGUGUUCAC